AAUUCAUACUAAAACGCCUGAAAAAUUCAGAUUUCUCAACAUUUCUUUAGAAAAAGUUGUUUGCAGCGCCUUUUCCCUUUUUCCUUCAGAAUUUCUAAAUUUUUGUUCUCAUCCUUCUCUUAAUCUGUGAAAUUUUCCUAUUAUUGGUAAAUUUUUCACCCUGGGAUUUACGAGCAAGCUAACUUGUUAGCCUCCUGGUUUCGUCAGUGAAUUUUGAAAGCUUGAUCAACUGAAAGCUCUUCGCUCAAGUUGAAAAUUCAAAGUCCAUUUUGAUUUAUACAAGCAUUUUCGAAAGUCUCCACUUCUCGAGUUCGAACCGGUGAGUUCAGUUCUGCUGCUGGUGCUGUUGCUUCAUGAUCUAAUGAAUUACUUAGAUAAAGGCAAAGGAAAGAACUAAAAAUCACAUAUAUAUGAUUUGAUUUUAGAACACCAAUCGUAAAAGGGGGGAAAUGUCGGGAUCUGAGACGGGAAUGAUGGCGAGUAGAGAGCCGUACACCUUAAGCAUGCAACAGAAGAAUCCGGUGGCGUCACAGCCGGUGAUACAGAACAUGCGUUUUGCCUUUAGCGCUGACGGAACAUCUGUGUACAAGCCCCUCGCUUCCGUCUCACCAACAUAUCAGCCGGCUUCCGGCGUUGAUGGAGCGGAUGGGUCCGCCGGUCCGGCUGCGGUGACUCAAGGACAAGGGCAAGCUCUGAACAUGAGUAUAAGCACGGGGAGCGAGCCUUUGAAGAAGAAGAGGGGGAGGCCCAGGAAGUAUGGGCCGGAGAGUAUUAUGCCGUUGUCUGUUAUAGCUCCUCCCACUCUCAGCGUAACCCAAUCUAAUAGCGGAGGAUUCCCCUCGACAACUCCUGCGCCACCGCCUUCAGGAGGAUCGGCUUCUUCACCAACUUCAACAAAGAAGGCUAGGGGUAGACCUCCUGGUUCCGUCAACAAGCCUAAACUUUACGCUCUGGGAUCAGGCAGGGUUGGUUUUACGCCCCAUGUUAUCACUGUUAAAGUGGGAGAGGAUGUAUCGUCAAAAAUAAUGUCAAUUUCUCAGCAUGGUCCCAGAGCUAUUUGCAUUCUCUCAGCAAAUGGAGCCAUAUCAAACGUUACUCUUUGCCAACCAGCAACAUCUGGUGGAACUGUAACUUAUGAGGGGCGAUUUGAAAUUCUGUCACUUUCUGGUUCGUUUCUUCCAUCAGAAAAUGGUGGUCAACAGAGCAGAACUGGUGGGUUAAGUGUGUCAUUGUCUGGCUCCGAUGGUCGUGUUUUAGGUGGUAGUGUAGCUGGCCUUCUAACGGCUGCAUCCCCUGUUCAGGUGGUUGUGGGUAGCUUUAUUACGGACAAUCAAAAGGAAGCAAAACCAGCAUACCAGAUGGAAGCUCUCUCCGCCCCACCAAAGCUUGCUCCAGGGGUUAGCAGCUCACCUUCACACGGUACUCUAAGCGAAUCCUCAGGUGGACCGGGUAGCCCGAUUAACCAGAGCAUGGGAGCCUGCAAUAAUAACUAUAACAACCGCUCACAAGGCAUGUCAAACUUGCCAUGGAAGUAAACCGUGCUUUUAACUCGAUAAUCAGUAGUGUGUUGGCUAAUGUUGUAGGGGGGGAACCAUUUUGUAAAUUAAGCAUUGUGUAACUGAAGUAGAAUUAAGGAUUGAGGAUGUUUUUUUAUGUUGAAACUCUCGGUUGCUGCUAGAUAGCUAGGCUAUAAACGGCCGAGUGAUGUUAGUGUUAUGCAUUUGUAAGGUGUUGGACAGAAGAGGCACGUGUGUUUUAGCCUUUUUAGGUGGUGUGAUACAAUUCAACUUAGCCUCACUUGGAUGGAUGGUGAAGUCAAGGUUGUA